AUGUGUGAAGCGUCCCACUUUGGAGAUGCAGAUCCCCCGGAGCGAACAGGGGGCCUAGGGGGACACUGUACCGCGAUGACGAAGGUCCUCGAGAGACAUGCGGUUUCGCUCAUACUUCUCGGUAAAACCGGCUCGCUUGUGCAACUUGAUGCUCUCCUGGUUAUGCCUUCUUCUUGCAUAGAUCCUUAUGAGGAUGAAGAACUUCGUUGGGCCACCAAGAAUAGAUUGCCAGGGUCCAUUAAGUAA